AUCUAAUGUGUGAACGUCAUGCCAAAAUAUAAAUUCAUGACUGCUCUACUGUUUCGGUAAUUUAACAUAUUUUUUUUGCGGUUGCAUUUUCGAUUUAAUGCUCAGUCAGGAGUUAGUCGUUAUUUGGAGUGCUUAGAUCAAACAUCAGUUUUUAAGCAUUCUUUAUAACAACAUGUUGGCAAAUAUGGUACAAAAUUCACGCCCCUCAAUCACAGAAGUCAUCAGGAAGGAAGUAAAAAUUGUUGAAGAAGUUGAGACAAAAAACAAAAGUUGGAAGAAUCUAUGGCACUACUUCGGAGAAGCUGAUUUGAAAUGGUUCAAUAUUAUUUUGUUGGGAUCAUCACAUGCGUUUUUUUUAUACACAUUGUAUUACAUAUAUUUUGAAAGAGGGUUUUUCAAUUUUCCAUGGUUAUUCAGUAUAACCCUUGGUCUAGUUAGUGGUUUGGGAGUUACAGCUGGAGCUCACAGACUUUUCACACACAGAUGCUAUAAGGCGAAUCUCCCUCUGAGGUCAUUUCUAGUGAUAGGCUACAUACUUGCAGGAAUGAAUUCUCUUAGCAACUGGGUAAGAGACCACAGAGUACACCACAAAUUCACCGACACAGUGACAGAUCCUCAUAAUGCCACCAGAGGAUUCUUCUUCUCACACGUAGGAUGGCUAAUGAUGAAGAAACACCCAUCUGUUAUCAGGGAGGGUAAGAAGAUAGAUAUGUCAGAUCUUUUGGAAGAUCCUCUGGUACAGUUCCAAGAGAAGUACUUCCUAUAUUUGUCAGUAGUUAUAUGUCACAUAGCACCUGUACUGAUUCCCUGGUACUUUUGGAAUUACGCAUUCUGGGAUUGUUUCUGUAUGAAUAUGUUCAGAUGGGUCCUCACGUUGAACAAUGUCUGGUCUGUUAAUAGUGCAGCUCAUAUUUGGGGUAGCAAACCAUACGAUAAAAGUAUCAAGCCGACUGAGAACAGAUUUGUGGCAGUAGUAGCAUUCGGUGAGGGGUGGCACAACUACCACCACACCUUCCCUUGGGAUUAUAGAGCUUCUGAAUAUGGGAGGUAUCUGAACUUAACAGGCCUCAUUCUAAACAUGUUUGCAGCCAUCGGUUGGGCUUAUGAUCUCAAAACUCCCUCGCCAGAAUUGAUCCAAAGGGUAGCCACUAAAAGAGGAGACGGAAGUUGGUACGCCUGGGGCCACGAAGUACCUGAGUCAGCAGAUAAAUUUUCACAUUGAGUAGAAAGGGACUGACUCCUUGAUGUGUUAUUGAACGAUUGUGAUUGAUUUGAAUUAGACUGAAUGGCCGAUUUGAAUAGGGUGUAGACUAAAUAAACAUUUCUUUUUUA